AUGGCAGAAAUGGAAAAAGAGAUGCUCAUUGAAAUUGGAUUGGAUGGAAACGAAUCAAGCAAUGACAAUCUUCGGUUCAAGUUGAUAUCUCCACACGAGUUGGAUCGACAAGACGUUUUAGCUGCUCAUCACAAAAUGGAAAAGGCUUAUGCGCUUCACAAAUAUCGAAAAUGGACAGUUAAAACACCGAAGCCAUCGUAUGAAGAACGAAUCAGGGAUGAUAUCAAAGAAAUGAGAAGGAAUGGGGAAGAUCCAGCUGACUACUACAUAUUGGAGCCAGGGUUUGAGGAAAUGCCUGAAAAUCUAGAGCCAGACCGAAAAUCUAAAAGUGGAGACGUUUCAAUAGAACAAUCUCCAGAAUUUGUGCAUCAAAGAGAUGAAAUUUCAGAAGAGGAAGACUUGGAAGAAGAAGAGGAACAUCCUACAAACCUCAACAACGUGCAAAUUCUUCUGUACAGAAUUCUGGAAGACGAGCAAGAUGCACCUAUUGAUUCAUGCAUCGGUCAGCAAACUAAUGUUAUCAUGAAAUGUAUCCGAUGGUGGAUAGGACAAACGCCGCAGUUGAUAUUCCAUUCGUAUCGGGCAACCCAUUCGGUUCAGAAGACAUCGGAGAGUUAUGAGAAGAAGAACCGCCGUACAAUCGAUGGAACUGAUAAAUACGAUGACUUCGAUCCAGAUAGUUUCCAAAAUAUAGAUAUCGAUCAAGAAGAAGACUUGGCGGCUUCAGAAAUUGAUACGGUAGAGAUGUUCUAUGAAGAUGAACAUGACGCAGAACCAUCUGCAUUGGGACGUAAAAAUGACGGUGUCAAAGUCCAAAACGUUGGUCAACGAGAGUUUCAAGUAUAG